AUGACGGACACUGCCGAUCGUCCUCGUACAGCGAGCGAGACCACACCUCUGAUCCCUGCUAGAGCCUCGAAAAAGCCCAAAACGCCUCUUCCAAAACUCCAGAUGGGCAUACUUAUGAUGCUGCAGGUCACAGAACCUAUCGCUUCGAUGUCCAUAUUCCCGUACAUCAAUCAGCUCAUUAUAGAACUUGGCAUCACUGGAGGCGACGAGGCGGCUGUAGGAUAUUAUGCUGGAAUACUCGAAUCUCUGUUUUUCGUCAUGCAGGCAUUGACGGUGCUAAAGUGGAGUCGGUUGUCUGACCACAUUGGACGCAAACCAGUGUUGUCUAUCGGACUAUUAGGAACUUGCGUUUCGAUGCUAUGUUUCGGACUCUCCUACGACCUUCUGGAGUCUUGUCGUGAGCCGUUGCACUCUACUAACAUGGCUCAGGGGUUUGCUUUGAUGCCGAUCUCCUGGAAGAUUGGAACCGUUGUUGGCCCUUUAAUUGGCGGCAUGCUCGCGCGUCCACAAGAUAGCUGGCCCGGAUUAUUCGCCAAUUCAUUUUGGAGAAAAUAUCCAUACUUUCUGCCUUGUGGAGUGGCUGCUUAUUUCGUCGUCGUAGCCUAUCUCAUGUUGUUGUUUUUCUUAGAAGAAACAUUAUCAACGAAGCGUCGACAAAAGUUGACAUCAACUACGCUCGGCGUUCCAAGUAGAUCCGACAUUGACGAUGGAGAAGUACUUGCGCAGAAGGUCAUGGCAGAUAUGCCCAUGCGAUCUCUGCUCACGCCCACCAUUGUCAUUCCAAUUGCAAACUACGCCAUGCUCUCUUUCCUUGACAUUUCGCUCAGGACUCUGAUGCCACUGUUCUUUUCGACGCCGAUGUAUCUCGGCGGUCUUGGUUUUUCCCCUUCUUACAUUGGCUCGUGGCUGGCGUUAUUUGGGCUGGCGGAAGGUGUCUUUCAGGCUCUGUUCUUCGCCAAAAUUGUUGAUUGGCUGGGACCGAAACGUCUAUUCUGUGUGUCAGCCUCGUGCUUCGCACCGGUCAUGCUUAUGUUUCCGAUCAUGUCGUGGCUUGUACACACAAGGGGGAUAGUUGAUUAUGCAGUCACCUUUGCACUGCUUGGCCAACUAGUUCUGACAGUAAUAUGGAGUAUGGUAUAUGGUGCGCGUUAUGAUGAAACUGACUUGUCAUCACAAGUAACCAACUUUAUCAUUAUCAUAGCGACCAGCUUCAUGUUUAUCACAGCCUCUGCCCCUGCAAAGAACGUCCUUGGCGUUAUCAAUGGUCUUGCCCAAACCUCCUCAUCAGUGGCUCGUGCUGUCGGGCCCGCCUUAGCGACCUCGCUCUUUGCAUUUUCAACGGAACACAAUCUUCUCAAUGGAAACGUCGUAUUUGUCCUCUUGAUCAUGCUUGCUGGUGUACAGAGCUGGCUGGCAUCGCAGUUGCCAGAUGAACUACAAGAUAGGGAUGAGUGA